UUAACAUUUUAUUAACACAUUAUUCUUGUAUUUCACAAGUUUCUGAAGUUUAGUCAGAGUGACUUUUUCUACGUAUCAACACCAGGCAUGUAUAGUAUGGAUACGACGGGGUAUAUUUAUGUUCCCUCUGGUUGUCAGGAUAAAUCAACCAAAUGCAGACUACACGUAGCUUUUCAUGGCUGUGCAAUGGGACAAAGUAAGAUUGGGGAGGCGUAUGUACGUCACGGAGGUUACAACGAGGUUGGGGAGCUAAAUGACAUCAUCAUACUUUAUCCUCAAGCAAAAGCCUCUACCGUACCAUUCAAUGUUGCCGGUUGCUGGGACUGGUGGGGAUACACUGGAGCAUUAUUCGCAACAAACAGUGGAUUUCAACCAACAGCCAUCAAACGUAUGAUCGACAGAGUUGCCGGUUUGUGAAUACACGAUAUAUACAUGUAUAAUUCUGGAAGUAUUGAUAAUAAAUAAAUAAAUACGUGAU